AUGGGCCUAAAAAUCAUUCUGCCGAUAUUCUGGUCAAUCGGUUUGGUUAUCGGCAUUCAAGUCUGCCCGCAGUCGGCUUGCCCAAGUGGCGGUAAUGGCGCCUGGACCGAGUGGAAGAUCGUAUCCACCUGUACUGCUACUUGUGGAAUGAAUGGGCUUCGUGUCGAGACGCGCGAAUGCGUUUCUGAGAAGUUCGGAUGUCCAUGCAACGGCGCCAAAUCCCGUACCGUCGCCUGCCCUGACGCAAUGUGCACUUUUCCCAACGUCACUUGCGGUGAUGGAUUUGUGAAGAAACUAAACACAACGAGCAGGGUCUACACUUGCCAGUCGCCCAACACCGCUGUGCAAGACAUCGCCAACCCGAACUUUAGUUGCAACAUGACCGAAACCAUCGAUUGUCCGAGAGUUCCGGCAGCUGGAAUUUGGUCCGGAUGGACAAACGUGGCAGGAGCGUCGUGCACGGAGACUUGCGGAAGAAAGGGCACAAUCCCACAGAUACGCACUUGCUUGACGUCUGUGAUCAAACCAUGCACUGGCAAUGCUACUAGAACGGCAAGAUGUCCGCAACAACCUUGUCCUGAUGGGAGUUGUGUCUUGAAUCAACCCACGGUGAAGUUCAUGGUUGGCGGAGAACAAUUGGUGCGUUGUGGAUAUGAGGUGCCGGAAGAAGAGACCCCAUGCUUUCCAGCUGGAUGUAACAUUGCUACAACUACAACGACGACUACGACGACUACGACGACUACGACGACUACGACGACUACGACGACUACGACGACUACGACGACAACUACGACAACCACACCGCCUUGCCCGGAUGGCUGGACCUUGACUUGGUUCUCCUGCUGGAAGCUACUUGACAAACUGUAUACAUUCGCUGAGGCAAAAGCUCAGUGUGAAAGUAUCAACGCUCACCUGCCGAUCACAACCGUGCAGUGGGAUGCCGAUGAUUUAUACGAUUAUUUCUGGGAUGCUUUGCCGGCCGGAACAUGGUACACUGCAAGCGGAGAAAUCGUGGACCAAUUUAGUUGGCUGGGAGCCAGCAGGACGGGUGAUGGGGAUCUUGGAUUUUCCUGGGUCGACGGCUCGCCGCUGAGUCAUUCGUACGACACGGCGGAAAACGGGACCGGAGAUUGCAUGGCGAUGCACUAUAACUACCAUUGGAUCCAGUUGCAAUGCGAUGUUCCACGCUGGUCAAUUUGCCAACAAACCCGAACCGUUCCCGGAUUAAAAAUUCGA